AUGGCGGGGAUGGCAGCACUAUGGCGGAAGACGAGAGAUUACGUGCGAACCAAGGAGUUUCGGGAUUACCUGACCAGCACACACUUCUGGGGUCCCAUGGCCAACUGGGGCAUUCCGCUGGCCGCCUUUAGAGACUUGAGGGCAACGCCGGACAUCAUCAGUGGCCGCAUGACAACAGCGCUCCUCUUCUACUCGAUGGCCUUCAUGCGCUUCGCCUACCGCGUACAGCCCCGAAACCUGCUGCUGAUGUCGUGCCACUGCACCAACGUGGUGGCACAGAGCCUGCAAGGGGGCCGCUUCCUACGCUACCAUUAUGGCGGCGGUGCCCAGUCGGCCGCCGCGGCUGAAGCCGGCCACCCUCCGGCCGCCACCUCUGCCAGCCCCAGCCCUCAGCCCCCGAAACAAGCUUCCUAA